GGGAUGUCAGGAGGGAAUACACAAUCUGUUAAAGGCGUAACAUCAAGAUGUUGCUCUGCCUCCCACUUGGCACCUCUGCUGCAACCAUACCUCUGUUAUGUCCCUGGUGACCUCCAGCAGGAGCUGGCCUACCUCAGAUCACAUGUUUUCCCUCACCUGGAUUCUCUUUGUCAGGCCAGAGGCACAUGCUUCAGACCUGUAGACAUCCAGCAGACUGAAAAUGGUGGUGAUGAUGAUGAAAAUCAGAGCGAUCACAACCUUCAGACACACCAUACAAGCUCCUCUCACCUCCAGCAAUUAAAGAUCAGUUUGGAUCUUAUUAGCUCUUCCUCUUCAUUCUUCUGUAUUCUUGGGCAACAUUAUGACUGCUGUCUUCCUGAAAGCUCACACUCUUCACUGGGAGAGCCAGAAGAGGAACCAUCCCUCUUAUAUGAGAGGAAGCAAUAUCUGCACAAUGCUGUGCGAGGUGGUUAUCCCUGGGUCAUGGAAGAACAGCAUCGAACCUGUAGCUUGACUGAGCUGGAGAUCACCCAGGCUGUAUUCAUGGGCAAAAACAUACGCUGUUUCUUCUAUUUUAAAGACCUCACUGCUCAGGGUGAUGAUGAGGAAGGUGAGGAAGGUGCACUGUUUCCAGGGGACCUAUCUAAUCAGAGGCAAUGUGAGAGGCAAAGGAUGUGGAAUAUGAAGAGCUGGAUCAUAAACACCUGCCUUCCUGUCAGAUUCUUCACAAGCCUACAGGAGCUGAAAGAGCUGGUGAAGAAAGACUGGACAACCAUCAUAGAUCAGUUUCACCAAAUUCCAGAGCAUUGCUGUCUCUCAGGUUCAGGUCAGGAUUCACUGGAGGUUUUGAAUCAGGAAAGCUACAUUCAGGCACUGGAUCAUGGGUUUGUGCCCUCAAAGCAAACGGCAGAGGUGCUGGACCUACUGAACAGAUUUGUCUUCCCUGUAACUCAACCCUGUAACAAGACAAAGUCCAAACCGUAUUCAGACACUUCAGUUCAGUUAAUAAGUAAUAAAAGAGAACAAGAGAAGUCCAUUCUGUUGCUCAGUGGAGAACGGGGUUGUGGGAAAUCAUCGCUGGCAGUUCGUUGGCUCCAGCAAUUCAGGAACCGAAAUCCCAAAGUUCCAGUCAUCCCAUAUUUCUGUGGGACCAGUGUGUCCAGCAAAGACAUCAGGUCAAUGUUAAGGCAGUGUACUGCAGAACUUCGCAAAAACGUCUAUGGUGACCUGCCUGUGUGGACAGAAGGCUUGGAGGGCCUUGUUGAACCUAGGCCUCUGCUUUCAGAGAUACAGGCCUUCAUUGCUGCAGCUAAACUAGGACCUUGCAUUAUUUUGAUAGAUGGACUGGACCUUCUAAAAGACACUUUCGGCCUGUCACUGCAGGAGGUAAAGGAAAUGAGAUGGUUGCCAGUUGCUCUCCCAUCCCUGUGCAAACUGAUAGUUACCACCACCACAAGUGACCUCACUUACAAAAGCCUCACAAACAGGUCAGACAUUCAGGUCUUCACCUGCCCUGGAAUUUCUGACCCCAGCAUCCAGUGUAGCAUCUUAUAUCGCCACUUGGCCUUACACUGCAAAGAGCUGUCCACCUCACUCCUGCAGAAAAUCAUCAGGAGGAAGAUAUGUCGACUCCCUGUCUUCCUCGCUGUUCUGGGCAGUGAGCUACGGACAUGUGGGAUGCAAAGGGAUGAAAAGGAGGAAAACGAGCUAAUAGAAGAAUAUCUGGAGGUAGAUUCAGUCUCACAGUUGUGGGAGAAGGUCAUUUGUCGCUGGGUGAAAGAUUACAGCAGACCUGCUGAAGAUCCUGUACUCAGCAACAAGAGGCAAGAAGCAAACGUUGUUGCACCAAAACCUGCAGUUUCAUCUCCUCUGGAGCUGAGAGGAUGGGUGUGGGAUGCACUCUGCCUGAUUCAUGUCUCUCGCUCUGGGCUGACUCAGGCAGAGGUACUGGCUCUCUUGGAGGAGUUGGGUCAUUGUGGGUCUUCAGGAAUCCGGACUCUGGAGUGGGCUCAGUUACUCACUGCCUUUGGGCCAUGGGUCCAGGAGAAGCCAAACGGCUGCCUGUGUUUUAACCAUCAGUCCCUUAGCCAGGCUAUAGACCUGCUGUUGCUGGGUGUUGCAGACAAACAGAAAAGCCGGAGCGACUUCCAUCAUAUCAUUGCUGAGUUCUUCCAAAAGCGCAGUAAGGGACUUUGUGGCUGGCUAAGGAAGCUGGAGGAACUACCCUGGCAUCUGGCACAAACUGGCUCCUUUAAGGAGCUAUAUAGUGUCCUCUCUGACCCAGAAGCUGUGUGUAUCCUGUCGAGCAGUGUGAGGCAGUACCCACAGCUGAGGCUUGAUCUUGUUCGUUAUUGGACGCUGCUGAGCCAAAGAGAGUAUGACCCCGUCUCUUCACUCCAGAGACCAACUGUACUGAAUGGUUGUGGUAAGCGAGAUCUUGGCAGUAGGGUUAAGUUAGCCCUUUUCUCCUUUGACCUUCUGCUCGGUUUGGGAAAGCCUGAAGAAGCUGGGAAAAUACUGUCAGAAGCAGAAACUGUCCUUCAACAGGCAGAUGAGCUGGAUGAAGACAGCGUGAGAUCACUGCUGGAAGUGCAGAACAUGCUGGCUAAGUUCUAUUUCUACAUGCAGCAGCUGGACGAGGCAGAGCUGUACAGCAGUAAAGGCUUAAAAACAGCAGACAUCCUUACAGUUUCCAGUUCUUCUCAUUCAGAGAACAUCAGGAUGAUAAAAGGGCAGUUUCUGUGUUUUCUGUCUCAGAUAGAGCUGAAAAGAGGCUGUUUGUAUACAGUUCCUGGACUUUUAAAGGAAAUCAGCAGUACUGGCCUCAAGUGCAUUCACCCAUGUGCUGAAGCUACUGUUACUUUACUGCAAGGCCUAUACAAAUUUGCUGUUGGCGAGCUGAGUGCAGCUGAGAGCUGUGUGGAGGCGGUUUUGGCCAGUAGGAGGCGCUGGUAUGGCACUGAACAUCCCCUGGUUGCAGCAGUGGAGGAGCAGCUGGCCGACAUUUGGUCUGACAGCAACCACACUGACAAAGACUGGACUCAGAGGAAGGCCACUGAAUUGUUUCGUCAUGUCAUCCAUGUCAGAGAAAGAGUGAUUAAGAGCUGGGGGAUGACCUCCUUCCUGUCCAGGCCCAUGCUGCAGGACCUCACCAACACUCUGCUUAAACUCGGUAAAGUGUUAAUGCAGAGCUCCUGUGCGGCUGAAAGGAGAGAAGCUCUGAGUUUACUGCAGAGAGCUACUGACCUGACUCACCUUCUCAACGCUGGCCACCCACUCUCCAGACACAGGCAACAUGUCUUUAACACAGAUAUUUCAGUAGUUAAGAAGCGACUGGACACCCCAGCAGCUUCCAGAUCAAGAGCUUGUUUAACCAGUAGACUCCUCACUAAAUCCCCCCUGCUUCAUCAGUCUAGACUGACCUCUACACAACCUGGACCUGCCACAGCACCUCUGGAGCCAAAGCAGAACAUAGAGAAAACCCUCACCCGGCCCUGGACAACAUUUCAGACCAGUGUGUUCGGGCCUCAGAGUGAUAUCAGGACUCUGGUACCCAGAGAAGAGGUGUGUGGGUCCAGGAAAAUCUCAUCUAAGGAGGGGUCUGAUAAGAGGCCUGACCGCUGCCGUGUCCAGGAGGAAGCAGUGAAGGCACUGAAUAGACAAAUGGGAAUGUAUGUUUACAGGAAAUCAGCACGUUAGGACUGCAUUGCAUUUCUUGUUUAUUCACAUGAUUUAAAAUCUGAUUCAAUGAUGCAAUUAACUGAUUGGUGUGCAGUUUGACAAAUUUCGGGCAAUUUUGUAUAUAGUUUAGACCAAAUAUUUAGCAUUUAUUUUAUGAUUUAUAAUGACCUAUUACAUUUUUUACAGACUCUAAACAAAAAAUAUUUAUAUAUAUAUACUGCAUACAGUACUAGAUACACAUUUAAUGUGUUUUCUUUCUUUUUAUGAUUUUUUAAAAUUGUAAAUGUAACGAGAUUUGCACACUCAUUGGCUUCAUGAGGUAGAGUAAAGUCACCUAAAGUAUUUUUUUCAUCAUCUUGGGUUUAGAUCAGGGGAUUGUGGAGGCUGAACACCUUUUUUGUUUAGUCCAUAAUUCCUUAUGUGUCCCUAAAUUACUUUCAUGUCUUUAAUAUUUGAAUCUACAAUAGAGAAAUAAAUGACUUAAAUUAAUGAAAUAAAGAAAACAUUGAAUAAGAA